AUGUCAAAUUUUAUCCGUGAGGCUGUUUCAAAAGAGAAAAGAAGGUACCAAAAAUUCGGGUUUGACCUCGACCUCUCUUAUAUCACCCCGAGAAUUAUCACAAUGGGUUUUCCAAGCGAGAAAUUUGAGGCCGCGUACAGAAACCCAUUUCCAGAUGUCAUGAACUUUUUAGAUACGUUCCACGGCGGGCAUUAUAAAGUUUACAAUUUUUGCUCCGAGAAGCCAUAUGAUGGAGACCACAAAAUCAAAGGAGAGUAUUGUUACUUCCCAUUCGACGACCACAACGCCCCACAAUUCGAAAUUAUCCCAAAACUAUGCAAAGACGUCGAUGAGUUCUUGGCAAGAGACCCAAAGAACGUCAUUGCGCUUCAUUGCAAAGCUGGUAAAGGACGGACUGGACUGAUGUGCGCAUGCUUGUUGAUUUAUUUCAGGGACUGUCUCCAUGCUUGGGAGGCUGUUGAUUUCUAUGGAAACGCCCGUACCUAUGAUAAGAAAGGAGUCACCAUACCCUCCCAGCUGAAGUACGUCGGCUAUUGGAGUUCGCUUUUGUUGGCGCAUUUGCCCUAUGGGCAGCGUAAGUUAAAGUUGGUAAGCGUCACGAUGAAACCAAUUCCCAAAAUCAACGAAGACUUGAGAAUUAAAAUGUUUUUGUGGAAAACUCUUCAGUGCGACAAGGAUCUUGGAACAGUCAAGAACACACGUGGAAAAGAUUCAAAGAUCAAGAGAGAGCCAGAUUUGGACUUGUUCGAUAAAGUCUACGAUGAACUCAAGCAAAAGAAUCCAAACGUAACUGUCAGAGAAGCGGUUUGCGCGUGGGACUGGAAAAUGAGAGAGCAGGUCGGGUCUGACAAAUUUGGAGAGGACUCAGUCACUUUCAAUGUCGAAAACGUGAACUUGAUGGGAGAUGUGAAGAUGGACGUGUACAGUCAGAAACUCGGAGAACUUUUUACUGUGUGGUUCAACUCGUGGUUUGUCAAGGACAACACACUCGUUCUCACAAAGAUGGAAUUGGAUAAAGGUGUCGCGACGACAAGUUCUUGGCACCAAACUUCACAUUAA